GUUAAUAAGCAUAGUGGAAUAACCGAAUAUUAUUACGAAAUUUAUUAAAACGAUCGAAAGCACUGCUGCCAAUGUUCGCGUUUUGGCUACGAUAGCGUCGUUACCAGAGACUGAGAGAGCGUAUAUUUUAAGUGUAAUCUAAUAAUUAUCUUUAGUUAAGGUCAAACCGAAUUUACAUAGUAUACGGCAGUCUGAAGUUUUUUACCUGCCCCAUAUAGAGAUCAAAAAAGGAUAACUAACGAGAAAAGUAGUGGAACCUCAAUUUGCCAAAGCUAAAAAUUCCAAACGUUUUAUAUUCAGUAUUGCACACCAUUCUCAGAGGCACAUGGAUUUUAACUAAUACUGAAUCGUGAAGGUGUUUGUGUUAAUUUAAUCCCUCAGCAUGGGAGUUGCUGAAGAAUUCGCUCCCAGCUUCGUUCAGAAGCCACAACUUCGUCAAGAAGAUGAUGGAAACCGACUAAUUUUUGAAUGCCAACUACUUUCAUCACCUAAGCCUGAUAUCGAGUGGUUUCGUAGUGAUAAUUUGCUCACAGAGAAUGAGCGAACUAAAUUUAAAACUCAACCAAUUGGCGACAACAAGUUCACAGUUAUAUUAGAACUCGACGAUGUUAUUGAAACAGACGCUGGACUAUACAAAGUUAAGGCCAAAAAUAAAUCAGGCGAAGUUUCAGCAUCAAUCAACUUAAAUUUCAGACAGGGCAUAUUUGAAGUCAGCGAAUCUGCACGACAAAUCGACGGUUUCGCGCCGACUUUUGCGAAAAAGCCCGCUAUCCGACAGGAGGAUGACGGUAAACGUCUUCUCUUCGAGUGCAGGGUCAAUGCGGAUCCUUUACCAACCAUUACCUGGUACCACAAUGGCAACCCGGUUAAAGAAACACCAAGACAUAAAAUGUCUGUUCAAAAAGAUGGCCACUCUUAUUUUGCAUCCUUAGAAAUAAAGAAUGUUACUGUUGAAGACGCAGGAAAAUAUAAAGUAAAUGCCAAAAAUGAGCUGGGCGAAAGCAACGCCACUAUAAGCCUUAAUUUUGACAGCGAUGAAGCACCAGUGCCUGAAGACGGCAUUAAGCCUACAUUUACUGAACGUCCAGUUAUACGCCAAAGUGAAGACGGAGGCAAUGUAACGUUUGAAUGCAGAUGUGUCGGAGAUCCGAAGCCAACCGUAUCGUGGUUUCAUGGUCAAGAGGAACUCAAGGAAGGCGGAAGAUAUACAAUGUCUUUAACUUUGGAUCAAAAACUUUACCACAUGGCACGAUUAGAAAUCAGCAGUGUUAUGUCGAGUGACCAAGGAGAAUAUCGCGCGCGGGCAAGAAAUCAGCACGGCGAAGGUGUGGCUACCAUCAAUCUAAACUUCGAAAGCGGUUCAAAAAAAAUUCCGGAUGGUAAAUCGCCUAGAUUUCCGAAAAAGCCAACCAUACGACAAGAAGAAGAUAUUUUAAUAAUGGAAUGCAUAUUAGAGGCACAUCCGGUUCCAGACAUAACAUGGCACUGUGCCGACAAAAAAAUUGAAGAUUCGAAGCGUACAAAGAUGUCGAGAAAGGCAAUUUCGAAGGACACAUAUGUUUUGACAUUGGAGAUACAAAAUCCCACCAAGGACGAUGGUGGAAAUUAUCGGUGCAACGCCGUAAAUAUGUAUGGCGAAAGCAAUGCCAAUAUAGCGCUGAAUUUCCAAGGUGCGAACGACGCCAACGGAUUUGCGCCAUCAUUCAUCGAGAAACCUCGCAUAAUUCCAAACGAUUCUGGCACACUAAUAACAAUGAAAUGCAGAUGCAAAGCGAAACCUGAGCCCACUGUUAGUUGGUAUAGAGGUACCCAACUGGUCAGUGAAAGUAAAAAGAUCAAAAUAAAGUCGGCUGUGAUUGCGGAGGACACAUUCGAAUUAACUUUAGAGAUAAAGGAUCCUGGAGCUGCAGACGGUGGAACUUACCGAUGUAACGUUAAAAACGAAUAUGGAGAAUCGAAUGCGAAUCUUAACUUGAAUAUCGAGGCUGAACCAGAGCCGGAAGGCGAAGGUCCCACGUUUGUGGAGAAACCACGUAUAGUAUCUGAAAAUAAAGGAAAGCUCGUUAUUAUGGAAUGCAAGGUCAAAGCCGACCCAAAGCCAGAUAUAAUUUGGUAUCGCAAUGGUGAGGUCAUACAAGAAAGCAGUAAGAUCAAAAUGUUUAUGGAGCAACGGGGCGAUCAGUACUACAUUAAAUUAGAGCUUAUCGAUCCACAACUGGAGGACUCAGGUCUUUACAAAUGCAACAUUAAAAAUACAUUGGGCGAACUAAAUGCGAAUCUCACAUUAAACAUUGAAAUUGUUCCUGUUAUUAAGGAUAAGCCGAAAAUCAUAAAGAUCAUUAAGAAGCGUACCGUAGUCAUUGAAUGCACAGUAGCAUCUAAAUUCGAGCCGAAAUGUACUUGGUACAAAGAAGAGACUGCUGUCAAAGAAACCAAACGCCACGUAUACCUAGUUGAACAAACCAAGGAAGGCGAAUUUGCCGUUAAAUUGGAAAUAAAUGAAGUCGAAGAGACUGACAAGGGUUCUUACAAAUUGAUUGCUAGCAACGAAAAGGGCGAGGCGGUUUCUCAAGUUGUACAGCUCAUGGACAUACCCGAGGAAGAGCGUAAACCUACUAAACCUGAACUUGUGCGAAAGCUUACCGACCAGACUGUAACAGAAACCAAGUCAUUUGAACUGCAUAUUACACUGAAUCAAAGUGAUCGCAAGUGCAAGAUUGAAUGGUACAAGGGCAGCACACUGAUCAAAGAUACCAGGGACAUAACAACCACAUUUGAUGGCACAAAUGCGAGGCUUACAUUCAGCACAGCACGCCAGGAGCAUUCCAGCACCUACAAGGUGGUGAUAAUCAAUGAAGCUGGCAAAGCCGAGUCAUCUUGUAAGAUCACCGUCGCUAAAAAGGACGUAAAGAAAAAAGACAUCGAAAAGGAAUUAGAGGAGAAACGAAAGGAAGAGGAAGAAGCUGCUAUAGAAAAAGAGGAAGAAGAAAAACCGAAAAAGUCAGAGGAGAAGAAGGUGAAAGAAGAAAAGGAAACGAAGGAGGAGGCGAAGGAAAAGAUUGAGGAAUCAAAGAAGGUUGAAGAAAAGAAGAAAUCUGAUGAAGACAAGAAGAAAAUAAAAGAUGAAAAGAAGCCCGAAGAAAAAAAGAAUAUUGAUGAAUUGGCAAAGAAGAAGGAAGAAGAAAAUAAGAAAAUCGCAGAGCCCAAACAAGAAGCUCCACAAGAAAAUGUAAAGAAAGCGCCUACCAAACAAGAAAAGGAGAAAAAGCCAAAAGUAACAGAAGAGCCCAAGGAAGAGGGACAGCCUGAAAUAACCGCCAUAAGGAAAGCCGAUCGAAAGGCAAGUAUACAAGAAGAACAUAAAUUAGAAGUUCGUAGGAAGUCUGUAAUAAAAACAGAGGAGACCACCAUAAUGGAUGGAGAAAAAGUAUCAUCGAGGCGCUCAUCGGUUGUGCAAAUGGACGAAUCCAACAUGUCGUCUAGAAGGUCAUCCGUUGUGGAAAAGAAGGCGCUUGAGAAACUCGAAAGCAAGAAAAUUGAAGCGAAUAAGAGCCCACAACAAAUAAAAGAAGAAAUCCCAAAACUAAAGCCUGCCGAAAAACGGCAAAUACCAAAGCUAGUGCAAGAGGAAAAAGCUGUGGUGGAAGAGCUGCCCAAAUUACGAAAAACUUCCAUAGCUGCGCCCAAAGAGGACCCGAAGCCAGAGCCGGCUAAGUCCAAGGUCAAAUCCAAACCCAAAACCAAACCAAAGUACGAAGAACUACCAGAGAUACCGGACUAUGAACGUCCAGUUCUGGAAAAAUAUGAAAAGUCCGAGUUCGAGGCAAGCGAUUUUACACGUGAGCUUGACAUACCUUCAAAGAUGGAAAAGCCAGCAUUAGUGACAGACAAAAAGGAACCUGAGAAAGCCAUACUGAAAAACGGAUUACCAAAGAUAGAAAAGGCUGAGACAAUUCCUGCUGAGAGUCCUAGCGGCUUUAAAGUUGGUAAAGGUAACAUACCAGCAGAGGCUACUGACGUUGACAGCGCCAAUUUACGUCCAGUAAUUAUUGAACCUGAGGAGAAAACUUCGCCGAAGCCUGCUCCAGUCGAGGGUAACCAAUCACUUAUGGAGCUUAUUAAACAACGCCGUCGGUCUUCUGUUCGAAACCUUAUGACCAAAGAGCCAAUCCAAAAUGAAAGCUUUUUGGGUGUUGUUUUGAAGCCCGUAAUAAAAGACCCAAAAGAUGAAGAAGGUCCUCAGCAAGCCAAACAAUUGUUAAAGGAAACGGCGAAAGAAGGCAAGAUGAUGUUAGCUUCUGAUAAAGCUAAAGCUUAUGCUCUGAAAAAACCCGAAGGGUACCCAACAAUCGAGGAUAACUAUGAGCGCCCAGAACUAGAGAAAUAUGAAAAAACUGACUUUGAAAAAGGUAAAAAGGAAAAGCCCGAAGCAAAAACUGAAUCGAAAAAAGUUAUACCAGCAGUUCGUACACCUGCUGAAGAGCCAGCAAAGGAUGAUAAACCAAAGGUGCCAAAAAUACAGCAGCCUCCGGCACCAGGAGAGCCGCCUAAGAUUGAAGUGGUUAGAGAAAAGCGCCCGUCUCUUGCACCUGAGCCUGCGAGUCGUCGUGGAUCACUGGUGCCGCCCGAGAUGGGACGUCGUCCGUCACUUAUAAUCAAUGAUGAGAAGAAGUUGCGACCCGGUGAAGUGGCGGAUAAUAGGUUGUUGAGACCAGGCGAAGUUGGUGAUCAACAGCGUCGAAGAACAUCGAUUGAUGUACGUCGUCCUAGCGUGCAGGAUCUUGAAGACUUGAUAAAUAAGCCUUCGACACCGUUACGUGAAAUCGGCGAUGGAGGUCCCCCGCAAAUUGUUGACGUACAGGAAUCUUAUUCAGCAGUCGAAGACUCUACGGCUUAUAUGACUGUUGGCGUUGAAGGCAACCCAGCGCCGACAUUUAGAUUCUAUAAAGGCGUCAGCGAAAUCAUCGAAGGUGGCCGGUUCAAAUUCCUUACUGAUGGCCAAACAAAUUCAAUUACGCUUUGUAUGCGUAAAUGUAAGCCCAAUGAUGAGGGCAAAUACAAAGUCGUUGUCUCAAAUAUACACGGUGAAGACUCAGCCGAAAUGCAGUUGUAUGUUUCGGAUUCAAGUGGCAUGGAUUUCCGUGCUAUGCUCAAAAAACGUCGUUAUCAAAAAUGGGACAAAGAAGAAGAGGACCCCAAUUGGGGCGAAUUGAAACAAACAGAAAAGCCAUUGCCAACACUCAAGAAAGUUGAGAGGAAACAAGAAUCCUUCCUGAGUCCGCUAAUCGACCAGUUCGCCAAGGAAGGCAAAGACAAGAAAGUCGUUUUUGAAGCUCGUUUCAGUAAACCAAAUUGUAAGCCCAAAUGGAUGUUGCGCAAGGAUGAACUUUUCACUGGCAGCAAAUGCAAGUUCAAAAAAGAAAAUGACACUUACCAGUUGAUUAUCAUGAAUCCCAAAGUGGAGGAUAGCGGCAAGUAUACCAUCGAAAUAGGUGGUGUUUCCAGCACAGCGCUUUUGACCGUCGAAGAAGCAGAUCCCAGCUAUACAUUUACCAAGCCGCUGAAGAAGAAGAUAGAAGGAUUUACGAAGCAUGAAACGACGUUGGAAUGCGCAGUUAGCAGCAGCAUGGCCAAUGUCACCUGGUUCAAGGAUAAUAAAAAAAUCGAGUCUGAUAAUCCUCGUUAUCUCAUUUCGAAAGAUAUCAAUGGCAAUCUUAAGCUCAUAAUUAAGGAGUCCGUGCUUGAGGACACAGGCCAAUAUCGGUGCCAACUAGAUAAACAGCCAGAUAAGACUGAGUCGGCAGUAAAAAUUGUCGAAUACCCAUACAAAUUUAUAAAAGUACUGAAAUCCCUACAAUGCAUCGAAAAAGACAACAUUACACUUUCUUGUGAGCUUGACGAUGCUACCGGCGAGGUGCAAUGGUGGCGGGGUGAUGAAGAAAUCAAAGGAGAUAAACGCAUGCAAAUCGUCAAAGAUGGCCGCAAGCGUAAGCUGAUAAUUAAAGACUGUAAAGUCAGUGAUGCCGGCCUAUUCAAAUGUACUACGAAUGCUGACAAAACCGAAGCGGAAAUCAUUAUCAACUAUCAAAAUCGGUUUAAUAAAAAACUCAAGGACACCGAUGCUGUGGAGCGCGAAAAACUGGUGCUCGACGUCGAAUUGCAGGAUCAAACGGCACCUUGUGAAUGGAAAAUAAAUGGUAACCCUAUUGAACCCAACGAACGCAUUGAAAUCAAAAAUCUUGGUGGUGGCAAGCACCAGUUGAUUUUCAAUAACCUGGAGCUCACCGAUGAAGGUGAAAUUACGUGUGAAUCUGGAAAAUUGUCGUCUACGUGCAAGCUUACGGUACGAAAGGGCGAAAGCCGACCAAAUAUUGACUGUCCAGAUGAGUUCGCUGGUCCAAUAAGUGCGCCUGUUAUACUAGAAGUGCCAUACAAAGUCAACGGUACACGACAAACUCCCGUAGAAGCUAAGCUAAUCAAGGAUGGAAAGCCUUUGCCUGUAAAGGAAGUCGAAGUAGGUGUUACUGAAGACAAAAUCACGUUUAAAGUUAAGAAACCGGCCCGAGAAAUGUCUGGAGCUUACGAAAUUAAACUAUCCAAUGGUCAAGGUGAAGAUGUGAAGAAGGUAAAUGUUAUCUUCCAAGACGUGCCACAGCCACCACAAAAUGUCGAUGUUGUGGAAGUUUUCCAAACAUCAUGCAAGGUAACUUUUGAGAAACCAGGCGACGAUGGUGGUUCACCUAUCAUCAAGUAUAUAGUCGAACGCCAAGACUUGAGCAAGAAGCAAAGCUGGGAGGUUGUCGCUGAGGUUACGCCACUACCGCAACUCUUUAAGAAAAUUGAGGACCUUACGCCAAAGAAGCAGUACAGAUUCCGUAUACGUGCUGUGAAUAAAAUUGGUCCAUCCGAGCCUGCUGCUUUCAAGAACAUCGUGUUAGCCAAAGAUCCAUGGGAUGAACCCGGAAAGCCGAAGAAUGUCGAUCUUGCCGAUUGGGAUAGAGAUCAUGCUGAUCUGAAAUGGGAUGCCCCAGACAGUGAUGGUGGCGACCCGAUAUCUGCUUACAUAAUUGAAUAUAAGGAGAAAUUCUCCAACGAUUGGGUAGCAGGCAAAGAGGUUCCCGGCGAUGCGCGUGCGGGUACAGUUGAUGGACUAAAAGAGGGGCAACAGUAUGAAUUCCGAGUCCGUGCUGUUAACAAGGCUGGUCCAGGUGAACCCAGUGACAAAACGAAGGCUAUAAUUGCUAAAUGCCGCUUCGUCAAGCCGUUCAUUGUUGGCGACGGUCUUAAGAAUAUAACGGUCAAAAAGGGCCAAACUGUGCGUUAUGACAUAAAAUACGACGGUGAACCAGAACCGACAGCUAAAUGGUGCAAAGGCACACAAGAUUUGGUUUUCGACAACCAACGUAUUUUCCUCGAUCAAAUGGAACGAAACUCAUGUAUAACUAUUAAAAAGGCAAUUAGAAAGGACACUAGUAUCUACAAAAUUGUUCUGUCCAACAGUUCUGGUACUAUUGAGUCUGAAGCUCAGUUAACUGUAUUGGAUAGACCGCUUGCUCCAGGUGGCCCAAUGGAGCCCGAAGAGGUACGCGCUGAUCACAUCAAAAUGAAGUGGAAACGUCCACCAGAUGACGGUGGCUGUGAAAUAACUGGUUAUGCAUUGGAGAGAAUGGAUGAGGAGACAGGUCGUUGGGUACCGGCCGGAGAAGUCGGGCCAGACGAAACAUGCUUCAACUUCAAAGGCCUUACACCAAACAAAAAGUAUCAAUUCCGUGUCAAGGCCAUCAACAAAGAGGGCGAAUCGGAACCACUGGAGACCACAGAGCCGAUUCUUGCCAAGAAUCCAUACGAUCCUCCAAGCCCACCCGGAAAACCUGAAAUUGCUGAUUACGACAAUAAGAGCGUUUCGCUUAAAUGGAAGCGUCCGCCAUCCGAUGGUGGUCGGCCCAUAAUAAAUUACAUCGUUGAAGUUAAAGACAAGUUUUCGCCAACCUGGAGCGAAAUAGCCAAAACCGAAGGCCCUACGCCUGAGUGUUACGUUGAUGGACUGAAGGAAAAAAUGGUCUACCAGUUCAGGGUACGUGCUGUUAAUAAAGCUGGCCCAUCGGAACCAUCCGAGCCUACUGACAAUCAUUUGUGCAAAUACAAGAAUCUGAAACCACAAAUCGACCGUUCAACGUUUAAGCGGGUCACUAUCAAGACUGGCCGUACCCACAAAUGGUCAGUGGAUGUCAUUGGUGAACCAGUUCCAACAUUACAUUGGAGCUGGCGCGAUGAUAUAGCACUUACCACUGGCGAUCGUAUAAAAAUUGAAAAUGUCGACUAUCAUACCGACUUUAUCAUUUCAAAUGUGGUGCGAAAAGAUAGCGGUAUGUAUACACUAAAAGCAGAAAAUCGCAAUGGCAUUGAUCGCGAAACCGUCGAGUUGGUUGUACUCGGUAAGCCUACUUCGCCUAAGGGGCCGUUAACGGUGAGCGAUGUAACAGCGAACGGCUGCAAGUUGCAGUGGAAAAAGCCUGAAGAUGAUGGUGGGGUUCCAAUUAAAGAAUACGUUGUGGAAAAAAUGGACACUGCCACCGGAAAGUGGGUGCGAGUUGGACGCUCCCCAGGUGAAAAGGAGCCACCCAGCUUUGAUGUGACUGGCUUAAAUCCGGGAUCUGAAUACAUGUUCCGUGUAUGCGCGGUAAAUGACGAAGGCGAGUCCGAGCCUCUGACUACAUUAGUUGGCGUAGUUGCUAAAGAUCCCUACGAUGAGCCGAACAAGCCAGGUACUCCGGAAGUUACCGACUUCGACAAUCAGAGCAUUUCCAUUAAGUGGACUGCGCCUAACAAUGAUGGUGGUGCGCCCAUUGAAAAGUAUAUUAUUGAGAGGAAAGACAAGAACAAACCUGAUUGGGAGAAAGCACUUGAGGUACCUGGCGGUCAGCUAGACGCCUGCAUAGGUGGACUGCAGGAAUACGGGGAAUAUCAAUUCCGUGUUGUUGCUGUGAAUAAAGCUGGACUUUCGCCCCCAUCUGAUCCUAGCAAGGUUCAAGUCGCCAAGUACAAAAAGCUUAAACCAAGAAUCGAUCGUACAAAUCUUAAACCAUUACUUAUACGUGCUGGGAAACCUAUCAAAUAUGAUAUCAACGUACGCGGCGAGCCACCACCGACUAUUACAUGGUACCAAAAUGACAAGGAAUUAAAGCCAGAAGAGUUACCUUCGAAUUAUGAAAUUAAAAAUAUUCCCCAUAACACUAAAAUUUCGAUAAUCGACACCGAACGCAAACACACCGGCACCUACAAAAUACGAGCAGUUAAUGAACACGGUGAGGAUGAAGCUGAUGUUGAGGUCAACAUUUUGGGUCCACCAGCCAAGCCUAAGGGGCCACUCGAAGUUAAAGACAUAACAAAAGAUAGCUGCAAACUGAAGUGGAAGAAGCCGGAAGAUGAUGGUGGCAAGCCAAUCACAGCUUAUCAAGUAGAAAAGUUCGAUAAGAAGCAAGGCCGUUGGGUACCAGUUGGGCGCACCUCUGGCAAUGAUACUGAAAUCGAUGUCAAAGGCCUACAAGAGGGCCAUGAAUAUCAAUUUCGGGUCAAAGCCAUCAAUGAGGAGGGCGAAUCAGAACCACUUGAAACUGAUGGUAGCAUUGUUGCUAAAGAUCCAUAUACCGUUGCCGGAAAACCGGGUCUGCCAAAGAUUGAAGAUUAUAACGAGCAUAUGGUCAAAUUGAAAUGGGAUCCUCCCAGUGAUAAUGGAGGUGCGCCAAUUGUCGGUUAUGUAAUUGAAAAGAAAGACAAAUAUUCCCCAGUAUGGGAUGAGGUGUUAACAACAGAUACACCUAACCCAGAAGCAACUGUAGAGGGUCUGAUCGAAGGAAACGUUUAUCAGUUCCGUGUUCGCGCUCUUAAUAAAGCCGGCCCUAGUGAGCCUAGUACAGCGACGGAACCUCAUAUAGCCAAACCGAGAAAUUUAAAACCACAUAUAAAUCGCGAUAAGCUGAAGUCUGUAAAACUAAGGGCAGGCCAAACUGUUAAAUUCGAUGUCGACGUAAAGGGUGAACCCGCGCCAGCUUUAACAUGGACAUUCAAAGAGAGAGAACUCUCUAGCGAUAACCAAGUGCGCUUGGAAAAUGAGGACUACAACACGAAAUUGACCAUCCUAGAUACAACGCGCGCGCAAACCGGCAUUUACAAGCUGAAAGCAGAAAACACAAAUGGCGUGGAUGAAGCCGAGGUCGAAGUGAUAGUACUGGAUAAGCCAUCCAAACCGGAAGGACCACUGGAACCAUUUGACGUGCACAAGGAGGGCUGCAAAUUGAAAUGGAAUAAGCCGAAAGACGACGGAGGUGUACCUAUUACCGGUUACGUCAUUGAAAAAAUGGACACUGCGGUUGGACGUUGGGUACCAGCUGGUUCCGUGGAUUCUGAAAAAACUGAGCAUGAGAUUAAAGGACUUGAACCAAAUCAUCGUUAUCAAUUCCGCGUUCGGGCGGUCAACGAGGAAGGUGAAUCAGAACCUCUUGAGACUGAAUCAGCAAUAGUAGCCAAAAAUCCGUUUGACAUAUCUGCACCUCCUGGUUUGCCAGAAUUAGAAGACUGGGAUGAACACCACGUCAAACUUAAAUGGGAACCACCAAUUCGUGAUGGAGGCGCACCAAUUACCGGCUAUAUUAUUGAAAUGAUGGAUAAAGAUUCUGGAGAGUUUGUCAAAGCGGCUGAAGUCGAGGGACCUAUCUGCAAGGGCACAGUAAAGAAAUUGGAAGAAGGGCAACAAUAUAAAUUCCGCGUACGCGCUGUGAAUAAAGCGGGUCCUUCGGAACCAUCUGAACAGACGAACUGGCAUACAGCCAAACCACGUUUCUUGAAACCACAUAUCGACCGCACGAACUUAAAGCCCGUUGUUGUCAAAGUUGGUCUGUCUAUAAGCUUAGACAUUAAUGUCAAAGGUGAGCCAGCUCCCAAAGUUGAGUGGUUCUUUAAAGAUCAGCCGCUAGUGUCGGAUGAGGAAAGCAUAAAAAUUGAUAACAUAGACUAUAACACCAAGUUCUUUGUGAUGCGCGCCAAACGUCCGCAAAGCGGCAAAUAUGUUAUCAAGGCAACCAACGAAGUUGGUGAAGAUGUUGCAGAUUUAGACGUUACUGUUUUGGGAAAACCGGGCAAACCAAAGGGCCCACUCCAAGUUAAUGAUAUAACAAAGCAUGGCUGCAAAUUGAAAUGGCAAAAGCCAGAAGAUGAUGGCGGAGCUCCCAUCGACUAUUAUGAAAUCGAAAAACUGGAUCCUCAUACCGGUCAAUGGUUACCAUGUGGAAAGAGCACUGAGCCGGAAGCAAAAAUAAUUGGCUUGCAGGAGGGGAAACCUUAUAAAUUCCGCGUCAAGGCGAUAAACAAGGAGGGUGAGUCAGAGCCUUUGGAAACUGAGAAGGCAAUUAUCGCCAAGAAUCCAUUUGAUGAACCUGACAAGCCCGGACGUCCAGAACCUACCAACUGGGAUAAAGACUUUAUCGAUGUAGCUUGGGAUCCACCAAAGAACGAUGGUGGUGCGCCCAUUCAGAAGUAUAUCAUUCAAAUGCGCGACAAAUCUGGACGAGCAUGGGUCGAUGCCGGUACCGUGCCGGGCGAUCAUACCAAAGGCACUGUUACAAACGUUGAAGAAGGUCAUGAGUAUGAAUUUCGUAUAGUGGCCGUAAACAAAGCGGGUCCAAGUGAGCCUAGCGACGUGUCUAAAUCCGUUGUUGCCAAGCCACGCUUCCUUAAACCACAUAUAGACCGUAAAAACUUACAAAAUAAGGUCUUGCGGAGUGGACAAAUGUUGCAUAUGGAAGCUGCAGUAAAAGCUGAACCGCCAGCAAAGAUUACCUGGACUUACAAUGGAGAAGUUCUUAAAACAACUGAUCGUAUUAAAAUUGAGAAUGAAGAAUAUAAGACUACAUUUAUUAUGCCCAAAGUAAAGCGAUCAGAUAAGGGAGUCUACAUUAUUACAGCCAAAAACGAUUCCGGCACUGAUACUGUCGAAGUGGAAUUGGAAGUUCUGUGUAAACCAAGCAACCCUAAAGGCCCGCUUGCCGUCUCCGAUGUUACUGCUGAAUCUGUACACUUAAAGUGGGACAAACCAGAUGAUGAUGGUGGUGAGCCUAUAGAACACUAUGUAGUUGAAAGAAUGGAUACGGAAACUGGACGUUGGGUUCCAGUAUGUACCACUAAAACCCCAGAAGCGGACGUUACUGGAUUGGUUGAAGGGAAACAAUACUUGUUUCGUGUUAAAGCAGUUAACUCAGAAGGUGAUUCUGAGCCUUUGGUGACGGAGACACCCACUACAGCUAAAAAUCCUUAUGAUGCUGCUAAUGCUCCAGGUAAACCACAAAUCACUGAUUGGUCCGCCAGCCAUGCCGACUUGAGCUGGCGUCCACCAGAAGAUGAUGGUGGCGCACCUAUAACCGGAUAUGUGAUAGAAAAGAAAGAUAAUACCACCGGAAAAUGGCAGAAGAUUUUAGAAACGAAUACACCUGAUUGCAAAGCUCGUGUAAAAGACCUUAUUGAAGGCACCAAAUACCAAUUUCGAGUAAAGGCAGUUAAUAAGGCCGGUCAAAGUAAGCCUUCAGAACCAUCCGAUCAAAUGACUGCGAAAGACCGCUUUGCUGCUCCGAAAAUUGAUAGAACAAAUAUUAAAGACAUUACAAUUAAGGCAGGACAGCACGUUCGUCUUGAUAUUAAAGUGUCUGGUGAGCCACCGCCAACUAAGACUUGGUUUCACAACAAAGCUCGCAUCGAGGACCAAUCUGAGGAUGUUAAUAUCGACUUGGAAUCAUAUCGUACUAAGUUUUCAAUUCCAUUCGCUAAACGCAAAAAUACUGGAAGGUAUACAAUUAAAGCUGAGAAUGAUUCAGGCCAUGAUGAGGCAACAUUCGAGAUCAAUAUUUUGGAUAAACCAGACAAGCCCGAAGGACCCUUGCGUGUGUCGGAUGUGCACAAAGAGGGCUGCAAAUUAAAAUGGAACCCACCUUUAGAUGAUGGCGGCCUUCCAGUUGAGUAUUAUGUCGUGGAAAAAAUGGACUUGGAAACUGGCCGUUGGAUGCCUGCAACGCGCGUUAAGGAACCUUUCGCUGAGCUAAAUAACUUAGAGCCAGGUCACGAAUACAAAUUUAGAGUCUUAGCAGUAAAUACAGAGGGCGAAUCAGAGCCAUUAAAUGGAGAUCACUCAGUCGUAGCUAAAAAUCCAUUCGACGAACCUGGUAAGCCAGGCACACCGGAAGCUGUUGACUGGGACAAGGACCAUGUGGAUUUGGUAUGGAAACCGCCACUAAACGAUGGUGGUGCACCAAUCACGGGCUAUGUUAUUGAAAAACGUGAAAAGGGUUCUGAUCGUUGGAUUAAGGCAGCAGAAGUUCCCGCCGGUCCAAGUGUUGGUGAAUGUAAGGGUACUGUGCCAAACUUGGAUGAAAAUUGCGAAUAUGAGUUCCGCGUGAAGGCGUUAAACCAAGCUGGACCAGGCGAGCCCUCAGACACAAGCAAGACUGUUAUCACGAAACCAAGAAAAUUGGCACCCAAAAUUGAUCGUCGCCAUAUCCAUACAUAUAAUGUAAAAGCUGGCGAGCCAAUAUUCCUAGACAUACAGGUCUCUGGAGAGCCCGCCCCUGAUGUGACGUGGUCUCAAAACGGAAAAUCUAUACAAACAACUUCAAGUCGGCGCAUUGAAAACGUGCCCUACAAUACGAAAUAUAUUGAUAGCAGUCCUGAACGCAAAUGCAGUGGAUUAUACAAAAUUGUUGCCACAAAUAGAUUUGGUCAAGAUCAGGUGGAAUUCCAAAUCAAUGUUAUAACCAAGCCUGGUAAGCCUGAAGGCCCACUCGAAGUAUCCGACAUACAUAAGGAGGGUUGUAAGCUGAAGUGGAAGAAGCCCAAAGACGAUGGUGGUGAGCCAAUCGAAGGAUAUUUGGUGGAAAAGUUCGAUCCCGAUACUGGCAUUUGGUUGCCCGUUGGUAAAAGUGAUGGACCUGAAUUCGAAGUGGAUGGCUUGACUCCUGGACAUGAAUAUAAAUUCCGCGUCAAAGCCUUGAACAAGGAGGGUGCAUCAGAGCCACUCGAAACGUUUGGCACUAUUGUUGCCAAGGAUCCUUUCGUAAUACCAUCGAAACCUGGAGCACCUGAGCCCAAAGAUUGGACCGCUAACAAGGUUGAGCUUGUUUGGAAAGAGCCAUCAAGUGAUGGUGGCUCUCCGAUAACUGGUUACAUCAUCGAGAUGAAAGACAAAUACAGCCCAAUGUGGGAAAAGGCCUUGGAAACCAAUGAUGCUAACCCAACAGCUACCAUCAAUGGCUUGAUAGAAGGAAACGAGUAUCAGUUCAGAGUCAUGGCCGUAAAUAAAGCGGGUCCUUCAGAAGCGUCCGACUCCAGUAAAACCUUCAUUGCUAAACCAAGAUUCCUUGCACCAAAAAUUGAUCGUCGUAAUUUACGUGACGUAACGAUUUCUGCUGGUACACCACUCAAAUUAGACGCAGUUAUAACCGGUGAGCCUGCGCCUAAGGUAGAUUGGCGUUUCAAUAACGGUCCUCUUCAUUCGAGCAACACGGUUACUAUUGAAAGUCCUGAUUAUUUCACAAAACUUGUAGUGCGACCAACUACACGAGGUGAUACUGGUGAAUAUGUAGUAACAGCCACAAAUAGCUCGGGCAAAGACAGUGUAUUAAUAAAUGUUGUGAUAACCGAUAAACCGAGCCCGCCAAAAGGACCCUUGAAAAUUUCUGAUGUUCACAAAGAAGGCUGUCAUCUGAAGUGGAAGCGUCCUGUUGAUGAUGGUGGCAGUCCAAUUGAAUAUUUCCAGAUUGACAAGCUUGAUCCAGAAACUGGUUGUUGGGUACCCGUUUGUCGUUCCACAGAACCCCAGGCAGAUAUCACGGGCUUAAAGCCGGGCAGUGAAUACAAAUUCCGUGUCUCAGCCGUAAAUGCUGAAGGUGAGUCAGAGCCUUUAGUUGGAGAUGAAUCCAUAAUAGCCAAAAAUCCCUUUGACGAGCCUGGUAAACCCGAGAAUCUUCGCGCCACUGAUUGGGAUAAGGAUCACAUUGAUUUAGCCUGGACUCCGCCAUUAAGCGACGGUGGCUCUCCGAUUACAGGGUAUAUCGUUGAAAAGAAGGAUAAAUAUGGACAAUGGGAGAAAGCUCUCGAAGUGCCAGCUGCUCAAUGCAAAGCAACUAUUUCUGAUGUAAUUGAGGGACAAGCAUACGAGUUCCGCGUGUCUGCUGUCAACGCGGGCGGCAUAGGUGAGCCGUCUGAUGCCACAUCGCCAAUAAUUGCCAAACCCAGAAACAAAGCGCCCCUUAUUGAUCGUACCAACCUAAUUGAAGUGCGCAUCAAAGCUGGUCAACCAUUUUCAUUCGAUGUUAAAGUGUCUGGUGAACCGGCUCCAAAAACAAAAUGGUUGCUGAAGAAACGUGAAGUGGUUACAAAAGAUAAUGUUAAAGUAAAACACGUCGACUAUAAUACAAAACUGAAAGUUGCAAAUGCAACACGCACUGACUCUGGCGUAUACACAGUGCAUGCAGAAAAUGCCAACGGAGAAGACUCUGCAGAUGUCAAGGUUGUAGUUAUUGACAAGCCAUCUCCUCCCAAUGGCCCACUUAAAGUUAAUAAUGUUCAUGCUAAAGGAUGUACUCUUAACUGGAAUCCUCCUGAUGAUGAUGGAGGUCAGCCAAUCGAUUCCUAUGUUAUUGAAAAACUUGACGAAAUUAGUGGCCGAUGGGUGCCUGCCGGGGAAACUGAAGGACCAGGAACCAAAUUCGAUGUGCAAGGUUUGACACCGGGACAUAAAUACAAGUUCCGAGUUCGUGCGAGAAACCGCCAAGGAGUUUCAGAUCCACUCACAACACCACACGCGACUGAAGCGAAAAAUCCAUACGAUGAACCAUCGAAACCGGGUACACCUGUUAUUAAAGAUUUCGAUAAAGAUUUUGUCGAUUUAGAAUGGACGAGACCAGAAACCGAUGGUGGCUCACCAAUUACAGGUUAUGUGAUUGAAAAACGUGAUAAAUAUUCACCGGAAUGGGAAGAGUGCGCCGAAGUUACAGAUGAUGUUUGCAGUGGGCAUGUACCCAAUUUGACCGAGGGUGUAAAAUACGAAUUCCGCGUACGUGGCGUGAAUAAAGCCGGAAAGGGUGAACCCAGUGAUGCCACUGCACCUCAUGUCGCUCGCAGUAAAAGCGUUCCUCCAAAAAUUGAUCGCAACUACAUGUUGGACAUUAAAGUUCGUGCUGGACAAACAUUUGAGUUUGAUGUGCCAGUGAUUGGCGAACCAGUGCCAAGCAAGGAAUGGUCUCACGAAGGCAACAUGAUUAUAAACACAGAUCGAGUUAAAAUUACUAAUGAUGACUAUCGUACAAAGAUUCGUGUUAUUGACGCCAAACGUGUUGACACAGGUGUCUACCAAUUGACAGCCCAUAAUAUCAAUGGCACCGAUCGAGCCACAGUCAAAGUAACCGUAUUGGAUGUUCCAGCAGCGCCAGAAGGUCCACUGAGACCGCAGGACGUAACAAAGACUUCUAUAACGCUUAGUUGGCGUCCACCUAGGGACGAUGGCGGCUCUGAAAUUACACACUAUGUUGUGGAAAAAAUGGAUACCGCCGCCAUGCGGUGGAUACCAGUAGGAGAAAGCCCAGAUACGCAAAUCCGGGCUGAUAAUUUAAUUGAGGACCACGACUACAAUUUCCGUGUACGUGCCGUAAACAAGCAAGGCGAGUCUUUGCCACUGGCGACCACACAGGCAAUCACCGCCAAAGAUCCAUUCUCGCGACCUGAUAAACCCGGACAGCCAAAACCAGUGGAUUGGGGUAAAAACUUUGUUGAACUUAAAUGGCCUGUUCCUAAACGUGACGGCGGAUCACCGAUCACGGGAUAUAUUGUUGAAAAACGACCGAAAUUCGGUCAAUGGGAAAAGGCAGCAGAUGUGCCAGGCGGUGAAAGUCAAGCGAAAAUACCAGAUUUAACUGAAAAUGGUGAAUAUGAAUUCCGAGUUAUUGCUGUAAACAAAGCGGGCCGCAGCGACCCCUCUGAUCCAUCACCUUUGGUAACAUGCAAACCACAAUUCAUGGCCCCCUAUUUCGACAAGUCGUUAUUGGAAGAUAUCACCGUUCAUGCAGGAAAACGUUUAGGCUGGACACUUCCAAUCGAAGCGUCGCCAAGGCCAACUGUGAAAUGGUCAUUUAAUGGCGUGGAAAUUCAACCAAGCCCUCGUGUUGAUAUGAACUUGUUCCACAACGAAUUGACAUUUGAAAUAUCCUCAGCUCUGCGUACCGACGAAGGUCGUUACUCCUUGUUAUUGAAGAACGAGUAUGGGUCAUUUGAAGCAUCAGCCCAUGCCACGGUCUUGGAUCGUCCUAGCCCACCUAUUGGUCCCCUUAAUGUGGCUAACAUUACAAAAGAAGGAUGUCAUCUUUCUUGGGGAGUUCCGAAAGACGAUGGUGGUUCGCCAAUUUUGCAUUAUGUAAUUGAGAAAAUGGACCUUUCACGUGGAACGUGGUCAGAUGCUGGCAUGAGCACACAUCCAGUGCAUGACGUAACGCGAUUAGUUCACCGUAAGGAAUAUUUAUUCCGUGUGAAAGCUGUAAAUGCCAUUGGUGAAUCGGAUCCAUUGGAAUUGCCAUCAAGUAUUGUUGCUAAGAAUGAAUUUGAUGAACCUGAUGCACCGGGCCGACCUCAGGUAACUGACUGGGAUCGCGACCGUGUGGAUUUGCAAUGGACGCCACCCAAAUCAGAUGGAGGCGCAGCAAUCACUGAAUAUAUAAUACAAAAGAAAGAAAAGGGUAGUCCAUACUGGGUGAAUACUCAACAUGUCCCAGCUGACAAAACGGCAGCGACUGUAUCUGGUUUGACUGAAGGUCAGGAAUAUGAAUUCCGCAUAAUUGCGGUUAAUAAGGUCGGACAAUCUGAGCCAUCAGAGCCUUCGGAUCUUGUGAUGGCAAAGGCUCGGUACCUAGCACCUAAGAUUAUAACUCCUCUUCAAGAUAUAAGAAUAAAAGCUGGUCUUAUUUUCCACAUUGAUAUUGACUUUAUUGGGGAACCGGUUCCGGAAGUUAUUUGGAACCACAAUAAUGCUCCCUUAACCUCCAAUGAACGAUCAACUAUUACAUCUGUUGGUCAUCAUACCGUUGUGCAUAUCGUUAAUUGCCAACGAAACAAUUCAGGCACGUACCAUCUGUUAAUACGAAAUGACUCUGGCAUUGAUGAAGCCAGUUUCCAAUUAGCUGUUUUGGAUCGACCAGGUCCACCAAUUGGCCCUAUGGAAUACGAGGAGGUUACAGCUAAUUCAGUAACCAUUUCAUGGAAACCUCCCACAGAUAAUGGCGGUUCUGAAAUUUCAGCCUAUGUCAUUGAGAAGCGAGACCUUACUCACGGCGGUGGAUGGGUACCCGCUGUGACUUACGUUAAUGCAAAAUACAAUCAUGCGGUUGUUCCUCGUCUGCUCGAAGGCACAAAAUACGAGUUCCGCGUUAUGGCUGAAAACUUGCAAGGCCGCUCAGAUCCUCUUGAGAGCGGGGAGCCUAUUAUUGCCAAAAAUCAAUACACAGUGCCUGGAAUACCAAGCAAACCCGAACUUACUGACAGCGACAAAACGCAUAUCGCAUUCAAAUGGAAAUCGCCAAUCAGCAAUGGUGGAUCACCCGUCUUGGGUUACGAUAUUGAACGCCGUGAUUUGACAACUGGCCGUUGGGUACGCAUCAAUGCUGAACCUGUACCCCUUACCGAAUAUACUGACGAACGUGUAAGCCCAGAUCAUCAGUAUCAAUACCGCGUCUCCGCUGUGAAUGCUGCAGGUAGUGGGAAACCGUCAGAACCAAGUAAUACAUUCAGCGCCCGACCGAUGCGUGAGAAACCGAGACUGCAUCUGGAUGGCCUUGUCGGACGAAAGAUUAAAGUCAGAGCUGGUGAACCAGUCAACCUUAAUAUACCAAUAUCAGGUGCCCCAACACCAACCAUUGAGUGGAAGCGCGGUGACCUCAAAAUUCCCGAAACUAACAAAAUUUCCUACAACACCAACUCUGAACGCACAAUAUUCCGAAUAGACGAUUCCACUAGACAGGAUGCUGGUUUGUACACAGUUACUGCCUCAAAUGAGUUCGGCAAAGACUCUGCGGAUAUUGAAAUCAUAGUCGUGGACAAACCAAGUCCACCUCAAGGACCUCUCAAUUACACAGAGGUUGCUCCUGACCAUAUAAGCCUAGCAUGGAACCCACCAAAAGACAACGGAGGCAGUGAAAUUACUGGUUACGUUAUUGAAUUCAGUGAAUUCGGAGUUGAUAAUUGGCGUCCAGUACCUGGCUACUGCCCAAAAACCAAUUACACCGUUAAGAACCUAGUUGAAGGCAAAAAGUAUGUCUUCCGCGUCAUGGCCGAAAACAUUUACGGCAUUUCUGAGCCAUUGGAAGGCAAACCUGUUGUGGCUAAAUCGCCCUUCGAUCCACCAGAUGCACCCAGCCAACCGCAAGUUAAUUCAUAUUCUCCAAGUUCUGCUAGUUUGGAAUGGCAUCCACCAGAGUACUGCGGCGGUAAGCCAAUCACUGGUUACAUAGUAGAGCGGCGUGAACGUGGUGGCGAAUGGAUUAAAUGCAAUAAUUAUCCCACACCAAACACAAGUUAUACAGUACAAGACUUGCGGGAAGGAAGUCGCUAUGAGUUCCGUGUGACUGCCGUAAAUGAAGCUGGACCUGGUAAACCAUCAAAACCAUCAGAACCAAUUACUGCACAACUUCAGCGGUACAAACCUGAUGCUCCAGAACCGCCUAAACCAGAUCGUAUCACUAGAAAUGGUGUUACUUUAUCGUGGAGGCCACCAAGGUUUGACGGGAAAUCUAAAAUCAAGGGGUACUAUUUGGAAAUACGUCCAAAAGACUCAAAGAAUUGGCUGCCGGUUAAUGAACUUCCAAUCACGGACACAGUUUAUCAUGUACCCAAUCUUGAGGAAGGAAAAGAAUACUCAUUUCGUGUAUUUGGUGAAAACGAGGUCGGACGCUCCGAUCCAUCGAAGCCGUCCCAACCAAUUGUUAUUGAAGAACAACCAAAUAAACCACGCAUGGAUCUUGGUGGUGUACGCGAUAUUGUGUGUCGUGCCGGAGACGACUUUUGCAUACAUGUGCCAUAUGUUGGUUUCCCUAAGCCAACUGCACAUUGGUAUUCGAAUGAUCUACUCAUAGAAGAUGAUGGUCGCCGUAUAUUCCAACACUUGACUGACGAUGCCGCAUCAUUUGUGGUAAAAAAUUCAAAACGUUCUGACUCGGGUCAAUAUAGACUGCAAUUGAAAAACCCGUCCGGAUUUGAUACAGCUACAAUAAAUGUGAAGGUACUAGAUCGUCCACGACCACCAACAAAUCUAUGUGCUGAUGAAUUCGCCGGAGAUGCGCUAACACUCUACUGGACACCACCUAAAGAUGACGGCGGUUCUCCUAUAACAAAUUACAUUGUUGAAAGGAAAGAGAAAUCGUCAAAUACAUGGACGAAAGUAAACAGCUAUUGCACCGUACCAUUCUUGCGCAUACGGAACUUAACCCUCGGCAGAGAUUACGACUUCCGAGUUUAUGCCGAAAAUAAGUAUGGUCAGUCCGAGCCAGCCACAACUUGCGAACCUAUUCGUGCUCGUCAUCCAUUCGAUGUACCGAACGCGCCUGGCAUUCCUCGUGGAAUUGAUUCAAGUGAAGAUAGCAUUACAAUUACUUGGGCCAAGCCAAGACAUGAUGGUGGUUCACCAAUUACUGGUUAUAUCAUCGAGAAACGCCUAAUUAGCGAAGAGAAAUGGACUAAAGCCAUUCACGCCCAUUGCCCGGAUUUGACUUGUAGAAUACCAAAUCUAAUUGAAAAUGGUGAAUAUGAAUUCAGAGUUGCAGCGGUGAAUGCAGCUGGACAAUCACCUUAUAGUGCUUCCAGUGACCCUAUUUAUUGUCGCCGUCCACCACAUGCGCCAAAGAUUACCUCAGAUCUGUCUAUAAGAGACAUGACAGUUAUAGCCGGAGAAGAAUUCCGCAUAACAGUUCCGUAUACUGCAAAUCCUCGUGCUGUUCCGUCAUGGUCGAUAAAUGGCCAAGAAGUCAUACAAGAUGGUCGCAUUAAAUUUGACACGAACGAUUACAGUUCUGUUUUCUAUAAUAAAUCUGCCAAACGCUCAGAAACCGGCUCUUAUACAAUAACAUUGACUAAUAGUAAGGGCUCUGACACGGCUUCCUGUCACGUAACAGUUGUGGACCGACCUAGUCCACCUCAGGGACCAUUGUCAGUGUACGAUAUAACACCAGACACGUGUACAUUGUCCUGGAAAACACCACUGGAUGAUGGUGGAUCGCCAAUUACCAACUAUGUGGUCGAAAAGUUAGAUAACAGUGGUAGCUGGACUAAAGUCAGCAGUUUCAUACGCAAUACCCAUUACGAUGUUAUGGGACUAGAACCCAAUCGUAAAUAUCAUUUCCGUGUACGUGCAGAGAACCAAUAUGGCCUCUCCGAUCCGAUAGAGUUAACUGAUCCAGUUGUCGCGAAAUACCAAUUCACAGUGCCAGAUCCACCUGGCCAACCGAAGGUUAUCGAUUGGGAUUCAGGAAACGUUACACUCAUAUGGGCUCGUCCACCUAGUGACGGAGGUUCAAGAAUACAAGGCUAUCAAAUUGAAUAUCGUGACAUUGUAAAUGACUCCUCGUGGAAUACAUACGAAUUUGUGAUUAAAGAUACCAAAUAUCAGCUUUAUAAUCUCACAAACGGCUGCGAGUAUGAAUUCCGUAUAAAGGCAAAGAACGCCGCUGGCUUCAGUAAACCAUCACCACCAUCAUCCAAAUUUAAGCUGAAGGGCAAAUUCACAGUACCAUCACCGCCGGGCACACCUCAGGUGACGAAGGUUGGGAAAAACUACGUUGACCUCAAAUGGGAAAAACCAACAAGCGACGGUGGUUCGCGAAUAACAGGAUAUAUUGUUGAGCGUCGUGAUGUUGGCGGGGCAGUUUGGGUUAAAUGUAAUGAUUACAACGUGAUGGAUACCGAGUAUACCGUACUCAAUUUAAUCGAAAUGGGAGACUAUGAAUUCCGCAUUUUCGCCGUAAAUGCCGCCGGCCGAUCUGAGCCGAGCUCUUGCACUAUGCCCAUAAAGGUAUGCGAAGUGAUCGGCGGUGAAAAGCCAGAAUGGGUGACACGUUUACAAGACCGUAUUGCACCAUGUGGCAAGGACUUUACUUUGGAGUGCAAAGCCAUAGGUAAGCCAUUACCAAAUGCCAGGUGGUUACGUAAUGGCAAAGAAAUUCAAUUGGGCAGUGGACGGUUUGUCAGCGAUAGCAAAGAUGGUGUAUUUCGUUUGCACAUUUCAAACAUCCAAUCUGGCGAUGAGGGUGACUACACCUGCGAAGCAUUUAAUUCUCUUGGAUUUGUACACACCACUGGUCAUUUGAAGAUAGGUUCACCGCCAGUUAUCACUCGCUGCCCAAGUGAACUCUUGAUGGCAGAAGGUGACAAUACUAAAAUUAAAGUUUACUACACAGGUGACCAGCCAAUGACAGUUACUGUCACCAGAAACAAUGAGAUUAUUUCCGAAAAAGAUGAACCACACUUCAAAUGCACUGUGUUUGAUGACUACGUGGCAAUAUUUAUUCGAGACAUCGUCAAAGAUGAUUCUGGGCUUUAUCAAAUUAAGUUUGAAAAUGAAUCUGGUACUGCGAUAGGCCAAUUCGAUGUUCGAAUCACUGGACUGCCAUCCGCGCCUGUAGGCCCAAUGGGUGUGUCACAUAUCAACAAGCAUUCUUGCUCGCUAACCUGGAGACCACCUUCUUAUGACGGCGGUCUGCGCGUAACACACUAUGUCGUAGAACGAAAGGACGUAAGUUCACCACACUGGAUAACCGUAUCAAGCUUCUGCAAAGACUUGUCGUUUAAUCUACAAGGACUUAUCGAAAACCAAGAAUAUAUCUUCAGAGUAAUGGCUGUAAACGACAAUGGCAUGGGACCGCCAUUAGAAGGCUUGAAUCCUAUUCGAGCAAAGGCGCCUAUCGACCCACCAUCGCCGCCUGGCAAACCAAGUGUAACCGAAAUUGGCGGUGAUUUUGUUCAUCUCGAAUGGGCCAAACCGGAAUCAGAUGGUGGCGCUCAUAUUCAAGGCUACUGGGUUGACAAGCGCGAAGUUGGUAGUAACACAUGGCAACGUGUUAAUGUUACCAUUUGCCUUACCAACCAGAUAAACUGCUCGAAUUUGAUUGAAGGCCGACAAUACGAAUUCCGUAUUUAUGCACAAAAUGAAGCUGGGUUAUCAAAAGAGUCCACGAAUUCCACCGCGGUUAAGGUAAUUGAUCCACAAGCCGCUACUCCACCAAUCAUUGUUAAACCCUUGAGCCCUGCAUCUUGCAUUCAAAAUCACAAUGCACAAUUUACGUGCACUAUUACUGGUUUACCACGCCCAGUAAUUACAUGGUACAAAGGAGCUCGAGAAAUCACCAAUGGCGCGCGCUAUCAUAUGUACGCUGAAGGGGAUAACUACUUCCUGAAUAUCACCGACGUCUUUGGCGAAGACGCAGAUGAAUACGUUUGUCGUGCUGUCAACAAGGCGGGCGCUAAGUCAACGCGCGCUGCUUUGGCCAUAUUGACUGCUCCCAAAUUGAAUGUUCCUCCACGGUUCCGCGACACAGCUUACUUCGACAAGGGUGAAAAUGUUGUCAUAAAAAUUCCAUUCACCGGAUUCAGGAAACCAAGAAUUACUUGGGUACGGGAAGGUGAAAUUAUUGAGUCAGGUGGGCAUUAUAGUGUUGAAGUUAAGGAACGUCAUGCAGUGUUGAUUAUUCGAGAUGGCUCGAAACUGGACUCGGGACCCUAUGUUAUAACUGCUGAAAAUGACCUAGGCUCCGAUACGGCUACAAUUAGAAUUCAGAUCAGCGAUCGCCCUGAUCCACCCAGAUUCCCACUCAUUGAGAAUAUCAGUACUGAGUCUUUAUCACUGAGUUGGAAGGCUCCCGUGUGGGAUGGUGGCAGUGAAAUAACCAAUUAUGUAGUAGAAAAACGCGAGCAUCCAAUGUCAUCAUGGAUCCGCGUUGGAAAUACACGCCUAACUGCAAUGGCUGUUACUGGCCUAACACCAGGAAAGGAAUAUGAAUUCCGAAUUUAUGCUGACAAUGUAUAUGGCCGUUCAGAUCCGUCGGAAAUUAGUACACUGAUCAAGACAAGAGAAAUCAUAAAAAAGAAGCCGGCUGAAAGACGUUGGGAAAUCGAUGAGCAUGGCAGAAAAGUUAGAGGCAAAGCUGAUGGACCAAUUAAAGAUUACGAUUCGUAUGUCUUUGACAUAUAUUCCAAGUUUGUACCACAGCCCGUGGAAAUUUCACAUGACUCGGUUUACGACAAAUAUGACAUUUUGGAAGAAAUUGGUGCUGGCGCCUUUGGCGUUGUACACCGCUGCCGCGAACGUAGCACCGGUAACAUAUUUGCGGCGAAAUUCAUUCCUGUAUCCCACGCGGUUGAGAAGGAUCUAAUAAGGCGGGAAAUCGACGUGAUGAACCAGUUGCAUCAUCAGAAACUAAUCAAUCUACAUGAUGCAUUUGAAGACGAUGAUGAGAUGGUGCUCAUUUUAGAAUUCUUAUCUGGUGGAGAAUUGUUCGAGCGCAUAACCACCGAGGGCUACUUCAUGACUGAAGCGGAAGUAAUUAACUAUAUGCGCCAGAUUUGCGAGGGCAUUAGACACAUGCACGAAAAGAAUAUCAUUCAUCUGGACAUAAAGCCAGAAAAUAUUAUGUGCCACACUCGCAGCAGUACGAAUGUGAAACUUAUUGAUUUCGGAUUGGCCACUCGUUUGGAUCCCAAUGAAGUAGUCAAAAUAACAACUGGUACCGCCGAAUUCGCAGCGCCUGAGAUUGUGAAUCGCGAACCGGUUGGUUUCUAUACGGAUAUGUGGGCCACUGGAGUCCUUGCUUAUGUACUGUUAAGUGGAUUGUCGCCAUUUGCUGGCGAUAACGAUAUACAAACACUCAAGAACGUCAAGGCCUGUGACUGGGACUUCGACGAAGUCGCCUUCCGCCAUAUUUCCGAUGAAGCUAAAGACUUUAUUAAAAAACUACUUAUCGCCAAUAAGGAAAAGCGUAUGACUGCACAUGAAUGCCUGUUGCAUCCAUGGCUAACAGGUGAUCAUAGCGAUCGCUCACAGAAAAUUGCGCGCGAUCGCUACCUUGCAUUCCGUGAUAAACUUCGGAAGAAAUAUGAAGAUUUCGACAAGUAUUUACUUCCUAUUGGACGCUUAUCCGAAUACUCUUCGCUGCGUAAAUUGCUAAUGGAAAAAUACAAAAUGCACGAAACUUCGUUCGAUCGUCGACAAGCGGCACCACGCUUUGUCAUCCGGCCGUCAUCGCAAUUCUGCUACGAAGGUCAAAGUGUAAAGUUCUACUGCCGUUGUAUAGCUGGUGCUACACCCACACUUACAUGGUCUCACAACAAUGUAGAGCUGCGGCAAAGUGUAAAAUUUAUGAAACGUUACGCUGGGGAUGAUUACUACUUCAUUAUCAACCGCGUCAAGCUCGACGAUAGGGGCGAAUACAUAAUUCGUGCAGAGAACCACUAUGGCUCACGCGAAGAGGUUGUAUUCUUGAACGUGCAUCCACUACCGAAAGAGCAACCGCGCUAUCGCAGUGAAACGACGCCGUUGCGCCGACGUGAUCCUCUACCAUAUACAUUCUGGCAAGAAGAAUCAGAAUCGGCACCCAGCUUUACAUUCCUUUUACGUCCGCGUGUCAUGCAAGCUCGCGACACAUGUAAGCUUCUUUGUUGCCUCAGUGGAAAGCCCACGCCGACUGUAAAAUGGUACAAAGAUGGUCGGGAACUUAGCAAAUACGAAUACUCGAUGUCAACUUCGGACGGUGUUGUUACCAUGGAAAUCAUCGAUUGCAAGCCUUCAGACUCUGGCAAAUACACUUGUAAGGCGACCAACUGUCACGGUACCGACGAAACAGAAUGCGUAGUCAUCGUUGAAGGAGAAUGGGUAACACCUGAGCAGGCUGAACUUGCUCACAGUAUACUGCAUUCUGGAGAUCGCAAAUAUAUAGAGCAUCCAUUGAAGCCAGCACCACCGCCCAUUAACACGGUACGUCGAUUCACUUCCGGCUCCUCCUCAAAUCAGUACGACAGUUCUUCAACAACAACGCAUCAGAACUCGAGCUACUCCUCCACACAUCAGAGUAACAUUCACAACUCAAGCUCCAACACAACCACCAGUAUCAGUAAUAGUAGCAAUAAAAAGAAGUAUAACAGCAGCAACAGUAGUUUGCACACGCCAGGAAGUCCUUCGAGAUCUCGAAGUGCUACUAAAGAAUUAAUAUUGCCUCCGGACGAUGCGCUAAUGUGCAAGCCUGAGUUUACGAAGCCACUGCAAGAUUUAACAAUAAACGAUGGUGAUAAGCUGAUCUUGACCUGCAAUGUCAAGGGAGAUCCGGAACCACAGAUAACAUGGUCCAAGAAUGGCAAGCUCAUUUCAUCCUCAGAUAUUAUGGAUUUGAAAUACAAAAAUGGCGUUGCAACACUUACUAUUCACGAAGUAUUCCCUGAGGAUGAAGGUAUAUUUACCUGCACAGCUACUAAUUCCAUAAGCGUCGUGGAAACCAAAUGCAAACUAACGGUCAAGCCACUUGAUAAAAAUGCAAGUAAGCGACAGACGAGUAGCUCGAAACCACCGAAAAUUGUUAGCCAUUUGGAAUCACGCUUUGUAAAAGACGGCGAAAUGGUAACUCUUGCCUGUCGCAUCAUCGGCGCCGAGCACUUUGACGUAGUUUGGCUACACAACAACAAGGAAAUUAAACCGAGCAAAGACUUCCAAUACACCAACGAGGCUAAUAUCUAUAAGCUACAAAUUGCUGAGAUUUUUCCAGAAGAUGGCGGCACUUAUACCUGCGAGGCAUUCAACGACGUUGGUGAAUCGUUCAGUACUUGUACCAUAAACGUGCUCGUACCUGGGGAAGAACCAAAGCAACCCAUAUUUACAAAAUUCCCAAGUUCUGUAACCGUUCAAGAAGGAGAAAGCUGCCGAUUUGUCUGUGAGACACAAGAAGAGCCACUACAACUUACAUGGUUAAAGGAUGGCAAGCCAAUAAAUGACAGCACCACAAAGUAUACCUUCACCAAAGAUGGAAAUCGUUACACCUUUGUUAUAGUUCAGUGCUCAAUGGAUGACGUGGGUCAAUAUCAAGCAAAGGCCAUUGGCAAGAAGAGUGAGACAUUGAGUGCUUUCUCUGUAAAUGUCGACUGAAUAAACUAUAAACCAUACGUAUAUAUGUAACUAAUGAUAUAUGUAUUUAUAUUAAUAGUGGUAGGGAAGAAAACAAAAAAAAAAACGAAAUGCUAAAUGUAAACCGAAACGUUAGUUCAAAUAAGUAUAUUUCUUAAUAUUGAGUGUCUCUA